AUGACUGGCAUUCUAAUUCCACAGCGCUCACGAACGAAGAUGUCAGAUCUCUUAGAGAUCUUCCGCAGCUCGCAUAGUUCACGCCCGCUUCCCGAAACUGAUGCUCUUCCCGACACCCUAUCUCAAGACAAGUACAAGUCCAAGCGCUCUGUGCUGCCCUUCCUCAGAAGGAAGAAGACUGACCGAGCAUUUGUUUCGUCUUCAGCUCUGCCUGGAAGGCUCAUCGAUGCUCCCUCAGCAUCUGUCGGCAAAGAGCUCUUGGCUGCUGCUUCAAGUGCAGAUGGAUUUCCAUCUGAUGACCGGCUCCCUUCUACCCUUCCGAGUCCUCCUUUGAACGCGUCACCGCUGUCACUGGGCUCUAAAUUUGCUGCCAAUUUCUCUCCCUUGCGAUCUCCUAUCAAAACUCUGAAAUUGCGAUACUCUUCAUCUUACAAGUCAACAAAUACCCCUACCACUCGUUCAUCCGUCACUCUCUCUCCCCCUGUGGCUGAUUGCCAUGGUGCUGCCCUGGAGUCCUGCCGCUCCAGCACUGUAAAUAGCCGACCCACUACACCAAAAUCGCUUCUUCAACCCUCUGCAGAGAACGCUCCUUACUAUGAAAUCAUGGACGAUUUUUCUGAUUUGUUUUACACUUCCUAA